UCAGCCCCAGCUCCGCUCUCCCAACCCCCCCCCGGCAGUUCCGGAUGGACAAACUCCGCUUUUCCCCAAAAUCCCAGGCUCGGUUUAGGAAAAGCUCGGGCGUGGGGCCGGGAUUAACAAAAAAACGCAAGAGGGCACAAUGCGGUCCGGCCAGGAGGGGAGCGGCAGGAAAUAUUUCCAUUUUAUUUAUUUAUUUAUUUUUUUUUUUUUUUUCUGAACCGCGGAGCUUUUGCGGCGCCGAGAAAAGGGGGAGACGCGGAGCGAGGCUCGGGCUGGGGCUGGCAGCGCCAAAUUAGCCAAAGCCAAGUUGGCAAAAGCCAUUUCUCCUCUCGGGGCCAGCCCAGCCCGGCCACGGCUCCUCCCGGCAAAACUUCGCACGGAAAACUUUUAAUUUCAUUUUUUUCCCCUCCUCUUUCCCCCUCCCUGUCUCGCUCAGCUCCGCGGCGAAACCCUCGGACAUUUCAGGGCGGUUUAACUCGCCGGGUUAAAGUUUGGCCAGCGCGAGUGAUUAACUUUUUAAAUUUUUUUUUUUUUUAAUUAUUAUUUUUGCUGUUUUUCCCCCUCUCCGCUCACUUCCAGCGAGUUUCCACGCGCGUUUUAUGGGCGCAAAGAUCAAAAUUUCGGCGCUCGCACCCCCGCGCCGAUCUCGGGGGGAGGGAGGGAGGGAGGAAGAGGAGGAGGAGGAGAAGAAGGAGGAGGAGGAGGAGGGGGGACCGCACAUUUAUUUAUUUCUGGAGCUCGCAGCGCGCCGGGAGGACUCUUCUUUGGGCAGAGAUUUUAUAUUUGGUUAAGGGGGUGCUUUUCUGUUGUUUAAAAGGGAGGGAAAAAGGAGGGGGGGGUGUGGACGGUUUGUUCUUGGGGGUCCCUGGUGCAAUCUCAGCUCCUCAUGGGUGCUAUUUUGCAACCUCAGGCGCCUGCUAUUGGUCAGCCCGUGAUCAGAUGGUUGUAUUUCCUUGUGUCCCUCGCUGGCACCACGCCAUCUCCCUUCAGCUAAAACCCAAUCUCCGAUAUACCACUAAUAGCUAAACCACUUGGACUAUAAAACACAACAAAUCAUAAAAAGCCCGGGCAAAAAAAAAAAAAAAGGAAAAAAAAGAAAAAAAAAAAAAGGAAAAAAAAAGGCAAACGGCAACAACAAAAAAAAAGGGGAACGGCGCGCACACACACCACCAGCAAAAAACUACAAAAAAACCACAGAAAGAGGAAAAAUAAGGAGGGAAAAAAAAAAAAAAAAAGGGAAAGGGGGAAUAUUUUUUUUUUUUUCUCUCUCUCUCCUUUCCGAUGAGUUCUUAUUUUGUCAACUCGACGUUCCCGGUGAGCCUGGCGGCGGGGCAGGAGCCCUUCCUGGGACAGAUCCCGCUGUACCCCUCGGGCUACGCGGACCCUCUGCGGCACUACGCGGGCGCCUAUGGAGCCGCGGGCGCGCAGGACAAGUUCUCCUCCUCCUCCUCCUCCUCCUCCUCCUCUGCCUACUACCAGCAGAGCCCGGCGGCGUUCGGCGGCCGCGGCCCCGCCUGUGACUACGGGCCCGGCGGCUUUUUCAGGGACAAGGAGCCCGCGUGUGCCCCCGGCAGCCUGGAGGAGCCGUUCGGGCCCGAGGCGCGCAAGGACUGCGCGCAGGGCAAAAGCGCCUUCGGAGAGAGCGAGGAGCAGAAGUGCUCGGCGCCGGUUUACCCCUGGAUGCAGCGGAUGAACUCGUGCAAUAGUUCUUCCUUCGGGCCCAGCGGCCGCCGAGGCCGCCAGACCUACACCAGGUACCAGACCCUGGAGCUGGAGAAGGAAUUUCACUUCAACCGGUACCUGACCCGCCGCAGGAGGAUCGAGAUCGCGCACUCGCUGUGCCUGACCGAGCGCCAGAUCAAAAUCUGGUUCCAGAACCGCCGCAUGAAGUGGAAAAAGGAGAACAAACUGCUCAACUCCUCGCAGCUCAGCGCCGAGGAGGAGGAGGAGAAAGCGGCAGAGUGAAGAGGGAAAAAUAAGAAAGAAAAAAAAAAAAAAAAAAAAAAAAAAAGAGGGAGGAAAAUUGGGAAAAAAAAAAAAAAAAGUGUUAUUUAAAACGCGCAAAAAAAGAGAAAUUUUCGGUUUAGGGAGAGUGAGAGGUGAGGGGGGUGUGGGUGGGUGUGAGGAGAAUCCCGCACACAAAGUUUGGGUCAUCAACGCCCCUGGGCUCCAAUUCCCGAUGAUUUUGUCCAGGGACAAACAAACCAACAAAAAAUCCCACCAAAAACCUGAUUUUGUCCAGAAACAACAAAAAAAAAACCCCACAAAAUUCCGGCUUCUAAUCCCGUUCUGAAUUUUUUUUUUUUUUUUUUUUUUUUGGCCCUUCCUGCUCCUCCCUUUCCCUCCAGCUCCACACCCCCCUCUCAUGGAAUAAUAAUAAUAAUAAUAAUAAUUAAAAAGUGAAGAGAUGGAGAGACAGAGAGAAGGAGGGAAAGGAAGGGAAAGUGUAAAAAGCAAAAAAAAAAAAAAAAAGAGAAGAGAAAAAAAAGAAAAAAGCAAAAAAAAAAAAAGAAAAAAAAGGACUCUUAGCCGUGUUUCUACCCUUGGUGUCACUGUUAGUAAUCUGCUAACUCUUGUAUUUAAUGGAAGUGCUGCAAUAUUUGUCAUUUGGGGUGUUCAUUGUCCUAAUUUUGUAAAAAUGUUUCAUGCACGGUUGACAUAAGUUGUUUUUUUUUUAAAUUUUCCCUUUUUUUCUUUUUUUUUUGCUUUUUACACUGUCCCUUUUUUAAAUUUUUUUUUUUUUUUUCCUUCCUUUGGUAAAUUAAUCAAGCCCUAGGGUUCUUUGUAAUUAGUUUUUGGGGUGUUUUGUUUUUCUUUUGGCCUUUUAAUUUUCUGUUUGGAAAAAAAAAAACCUACUGAGAGAACGAGUACUACCUACAAGGCUGCAACAAAAAAAAAAUUAAAAAAAAAAAAAAAAAAAAAAGAAGCAACAAUGACAGAAAAGUUCUAUUUUAUUAAUUUUUGUACGUGUCGUGUUUGGAGUUUGUCUUAGGUAUGAACAUGGAAUUCUCUAAUAAAAGCCAAGUCUUGGAUCUCACCCCUGCCCUCUCAUUCUUGGCGGUUUCCCGAUGAUUUUUCCAUUUUCCAGGGACAUUCCUGGUCCUGAAGGAGAUUUUUGCUCCCUCUGGGCUCCAGGACAAGGAACUCCGUGAGCACAGAAGUUACAGUGGAGAGAUAAAUCGGAUUUAAUCUGAUUUUCCCCCUUUUUUUGGGUGGAAUCUCAAAUGGAAACCUUUUCACCAAGAGAAUUUCCUGGCUGAUGUUUCUGCCUUUAGCUCCUCUCGCUUUAUUUUAUUUUUUUUUUCCUCUCUUUUUUUUUUUUAAUUUUUAUUGUUACAGUACAAAGAGUUAUGAGGAAACGCCGUCCCAUCUCCACAAUAAAUCAAGGAAACGGGCAAAAAAAAAAAAAAAAUAAAUCUGCGCUCUCAUUUAUCUACCAAAGAUACCCAACAUUUGCCCAGCACCUUUCAAACAUCUGCUCCCUUCGCUCCGUGCCCCCAAAUCAAAGCGGGAAAAAAAAAAAAUUAAAUUUAAAAAUUCCCAGAUUUCCAGGGAAUUCACCCGGGAAAAAAAAAAAAAAAAUCUCAGCGUCACGAAUAAAAGAAAAAAAAAGUGGAAAAAUUCUAAAAGCAGCUUUUUGGAGAGGAGAAAUUUGAAUUUUCUCCUUGCCAGAGCUGGGGAUGGGAGCGGGGAAGGCUUUGAGUCCUCACCGAGGAAUUUCUUGCGAAACACCCGAAUUUUCCCGGGUUUAUGGGGAAUGGAAUGAGAAGGAUUUUGAUUUUUUUUUUUUUUUUUCUCAGCCGGGUGGGGGAUUUGGGAGUGGAAAAGGGUCCUGAGGAAGGGCUCGGUGGGAGCAGCCACGAGCCGGAUUUAAUGCCAGCCACUUCUAAAAUCAAUUCAUGCAGAAGCUUCCCAGCUGUAGGACAUUUGCUGUUAUUGCCACGCUUUUCAUUGCCCGUAAUUAUUAUAAUUAUAUGUCACUUUCAAUAUGGCUCAUCCUUCCCAACGAGUUGCAGGCGAGACCCAUGAAAUUCCUGAACUGCCUUGGAGGAAAAAAAAAAAAACAACAAAAAAAACAACAACAGGAAAAAUAUUAAAGAAAAAAAAAAAAAAAAAAAAAAAAGAGAGACAGAGAAAUGGAGAGAGGUAGGAAAAAAGAGAAGAAGGAGAAAGGGAAAAAAAAAGGAAAUGAAUGGCUGGAAAAGCCCGGCGCUUUCCCAGCGUUGUCCCCAAAUUUCCGAGCGCUUUCACUCCCCAAAAUUCGCUGCGGGUCGAGGAACGGGAAGGAAAAUCCAAAAUCCGCGCAGCUCAAGGCUCAGAGAGGACGCGAAACGCUCAGGAACAGGAACAUCCCAAAAAGCGACUUUGCCAACCAUUCCCACCGCCGGAUUUUGAAUUUUUUUUUUUUUUUUUUCUCUUUUUCCCACCCAUUCCCCCCCAGAGUUUGGUUUUUUUCCCCUCUCCAGAAUUAAGGUGCGAGCUCCAAGAGGAGCGAAGGAAAAACUCGACUUUUCCAGGCGGAACAACCGCGGAGAAACCACCCAAAAAAAUUCACUCCUGGCCACUCUUGCAGCUCACAGAGACCUCCCA